AGGUCUUCUUAUAACCGUGGUGUGAUUCUUUAUUUUUAUUUAAUUUAAUAACUACUGUAUAGUGAGUUGGAAUAGGACCGGAACGCUCGUGCGGUGGAUACGUUUCCGAACGGAGCGCUUUCAGUAACGCACACAAAAGUGGUAACUUAGGAAGCUUUGUGCGCAUGCGCAGGUUGACAGCUAGGAAGAUGGUGGCGACCAGGCGAGGCACGCGUGUGGAUCCCCAGGAGGGGGAAGAGAGGAGCGCAGGGGAGCAGACAGCAGAGGAAGUUAUUUCUCCACCUUCCCCAAGGAAGACCCGAAGCUCUAUUAAGACAGAUGGACAGAUCAGUGAAAAUAGCACAGAUGAGGGUAAAUCUGUGACAAAAAGUAGAAGCCCCUUAAAAUAUGACACAAUGAAACAAAGUCCACAGAGAACUACUAGAAGUAGGCAUAGAAGUGGACAGUCAGAUACAAAUGUGUCUGAAGCGGAAUCUUGUGCCUCCAAUACUUCCACUAGAAGAACUCGGAGUAGACAAAGCCUCGGACAGGUAGCAGACUCCACCAUAAAGCUGAGGAGUUCUGCUUUGAUCACUGAACCUAUUGCUGAAUCUAAGGAAGAUUCAGAGUUAUCUGAAACUGAAUCAAACUGCUCAUCUGUUUCUACCACAAGGAGAAGGCCGCCUAGAACUGCCUCCCGUUCAGUCUCUACCAGGAUUCGAAGAUCAAUUUUGACAUUGGAACCUACUUCUGAAGUUUCCGAUGCAGAAUCAAAUUGUUCUGUUUCAGGAGAGAAAAUAGUUGCAACCAGGUCUACUAGGAACUCUAGAGCAAGACGUCAGUCAACCCGCAUCAGUGAAUCACAGAAGGAACAAACCUCUGAUGCAGAGUCCUUUACUUCUGGAUUUUCUCUGCAGCCUCUUGCUAGACGUAUAAGCAGGAGGAAUAAAUCAAAUUUACAGUCAGAUGAAAUGGAGUUUGCCAAUGAAACUGACAAAGAUGCUGCUCAAGAUCAAGAAACUGUGAAGAAACAGAGUCCGAAGAGACGUGAUGUCAAAUCAGAUGCCCCGUCUACUGUGGGAGAAGAAACUGUUUUAUCUUCUCCUCGUAGGAGUACCCGUAAUCAACCAGCAAUUCAGAAACAUGAGCCUAUUGUUAUUUCUGAUAAUGAUGAGCCUGAUAGCAGUGAUACUGUGUGUAAAGAUUUGGUUGUAGAACAACCAGAAGCUGAAAGCGAAGUGACAAAAGUUGUCAAAACCGGUGCGAUUCCAUCAUUACAAUCCGGUGAAACUCAGCCAGAAGAAAAUAUUUCUCCAGAUCCAAUACUUGUACUUUCAGAUGAUUCCAUGGAUGCAGAGCCUUUCAUAGAGAGAAGCCACGUCACAAAAAACGGUGACGUCUCCGAAGAGACAAAUGAGAAUCCUCAGAAUGUGCAGGGAACUUCAGAAAAGGUGCAAGAUAUCAAUAAAUGUUUAACCAUUGAUAGUGAUGGCAGCGAGAAGUCAGUGCAUGGUGAUGAAGAUCACGUAGAAGAUGAAAAUAUCAUGGAGGUAGAUGAGGACAAAGUUGUCAAGAAAGGAAAAUCUAAGAAAGCCUCAACAAAGCAACUACAAGAUGUAGAGGAAGGUGGGUUAUUUGUAAUAGACAAAGCUCCUGGGGUGGUCUCCAGUAAAAAGUUUUUCCUUGAAUCUGGUGAUGGUGAUGAAGAUGGUGACGGUGAUGAAGAUGGUGACGGUGAUGAAGAUGACAUUGAUGAUGAUGCGGAAACAGAUGAUGAGGCAGAUGAUUUUACAGAAAGACAAAAAUCUAAAAAAACAUCAAAACAGCAGCUGCAAGAUGUAGCAGGAGAUGGAUUAUUUGUAAUAGACACAACUCCUGGGUUGGACUCCAGUAAAAAGUAUUUCUUGGAACCUGAAGAUGAUGACAAUAAACAGAAUGAGAAGGAGGUGGGUAGGAAGGGAGAAGUGCCUGAGCCAGAUGAUGACGAUGAAUAUGAUGAUUUUAUUGAUGAAGCUGAAGAUGAUGAGGAUGAAGAGGAAACAUUACUAAACAGACCAAGAAAAGGAUUUGUGUUGUCCUCUAGCAUAGAUACAGGAAUCAAUAUUAAGAAGAUGGGAGGCCUAUAUAUCAACUUUGAUGCCGAGAAGUCAACACCUGGUCCGAGUUCACUUAGCAAAAUGAAGAAGGGAAAUAAAAAGUCAGAUGAGCUCCUUAAUAAGAGUAUCAUAACACCUGACUUCGAGAAGAAAGAAAGUGUCCCACCAUAUAAUGAAUCUAAGCACAGCCUUAAAAAGUUGCACAAGAUGGAACGGGAGAAAACAACUGGAAGAGGAUGGUUUGAUAUGAAAGCUCCAGAAUUGACAGAAGAACUUAAGAAUGAUCUAAAGGCUUUGAAAAUGAGAUCUGCAAUGGAUCCUAAACAUUUUUAUAAAAAGAAUGAUCGUGAAGGAUUUCCAAAGUAUUUUGAGGUUGGUACGGUUGUGGAUAGCCCCAUUGACUUCUACCAUUCCCGAAUUCCUAAGAAGGAGAGAAAGAGGACAAUUAUGGAAGAGCUUCUUGCAGAUUCUGAGUUUAGGAGAUACAAUAAAAAGAAGUACAAGGAGAUUAUUGACGAAAAGGCUGCCCGAGCAGCAGGCAAAAAGAAUCGCAAGAAGAAAAAUUUCCGAACAUAAUCUGUACAUAGCAGAUUGUUUUGCCCUCUGCCCUAUAGUAGGUGUCUGGCAGUGUAUGUUGCACUCGUGACUGAACGUGAAGACCACAAGAAGACAUUUGUGCUUCGUAAACUCAUUGUAAAAAAUAUACUGAGCCUAAUUUUUGUUAGGUCUGCUAUAUAUAGAUUGUAAAAAUCAGAUUUUUAUGUAAGAGAUUUGAAGCCAAAUAAGUAAAACCAAACAUACUCAUUAUGAGCCUGCAUCAUGACCCUAAGUAAUAAACCAUCAUUUAAUGUAUGGCUAUAAAUAAAGUACAUGGCUUUUAUUCUUUACUUUUGAUACUUUAACCCCUCAAGGACACAGCCCAUUUUGACCUUAAAGCGUACCAGUCAGAGCCAACAAAUAAAAAACAUUUUUUUAUAUAUAUCACUCAGUACCUAAUCCUGACCAUGUACAUCUAAUUUUUAUGUGUCUAGCACCUUUAUUUAUUUUUUUAUUACACUUUUAAUUUAGCUCACUAGUCUGAAUUCCUCUCAAAGAGAGGGGGCGUGGCCUCACUGUGCAGGUCUCCGCCCCCUCCCUCAGUAUGCUGUCUGCUCACAUCUCACCUAGCAUUAGCAAAACUACAACUCCCAACUUGUCCUCACUGACAGUAGGGGGACAUAAGCUGACAGUGGGAGGAUUUUUACUCCAGCUGUGAGUCCUGCACUCAUAGCUGUCAAUCAAGGAAGUGUGUCCAUGACAUAGGUGAUGAUGCAUGGACACAGCAGGAAUAAGUAUGUGUCUAAGCAGGCGGGGGGGGGGGGGGUCAGUUUUUUGACUGUCUUUUAUAGUAUGAAAUACUGAAAAUUUUCUAAUGAAAAAACCUAUUGGUUAUACACUCUUUACAACAUACAAAAGUUUUUGUAUCCAACAGUGCCCAUUUAACAAUUAAACAAAAAAACGGACAAAUGAGACCUGGAAAACAAUUGUUAAAUACAUAUAUGUGGUACAGUGACCAAACACUUACAUAUAACCCAGGUACUAGUGAUGGCUGUAUAUGUGUGAACUCCCAACAUAAAUAGCAAGCAGCAAGAAGAAAAGCAGAGUCAAUUAUAAAGCGUACAUGAUUUUUAUUCAUUCCGUAGAAAAAUAUAAAAUAUGUAAUCUCAAAGAGGACUACGGCUAAAAGGUGG